AUGGACAAAGGGAAAAAAGAGAGAGGUAAACCAAAAAAUAUACUCUUAACUGUAGAGAACAAACUUGCCAAUGGGGAGGGAGAUGGGAUUUGGGGGAAAUAGCUGAUGGGGAUUUAGUAGUGCACUGGUCCUAAAGAGCACUGGUCAAGUGUGCAACUGUUGAAUCACUGUAUUCUACACCUGAAACUAGUUUUACACUGUAUAUCAACUACCUGGAACAUAAAUAAAAGAAAAAAAGAAAAUGUAUAAAUAAAGCCAUUUGCUUGAAAAUUAAUCAUGUUAUUUUUUUUCUUUCCUAAGUAGUCAACUCCACCAGAUGGAACUAGGCAAUGAUACACACAUUUCAAAGUUUCUUCUUCUGGGAUUUUCAGAGGAACCAGCAUUACGGCCCCUCAUAUUUGGGCUUUUCCUCUCCAUGUACCUGAUUACUGUGUUUGGGAACCUGCUCAUCCUCCUGGCCAUCAGCUCUGACUCCCACCUCCACACCCCCAUGUACUUCUUCCUGGCCAACCUGUCCUUUGUAGACAUCUGCUUCACCUCCACCACUGUCCCGAAGAUGCUUCUGAACGCCCAGACUCAGAGCAAGGUCAUUAACUAUGCAGGCUGCAUUAGCCAGAUGUAUUUUUUCUUACUCUGUGCAGAGCUGGAUGACUUUCUCCUAUCUGCAAUGGCCUAUGACCGGUUUGUGGCCAUCUGUCACCCCCUGCACUACACUGUCAUCAUGAACCCCCAGCUCUGUGGAUUGCUUGUUCUGGUGUCCUGGAUCAUCAGUGUUACAAAUUCCUUGUUACAAACCUUAAUGGUGUUGCAGCUGUCCUUCUGUACAGACAUGGAAAUCCCCCACUUUUUCUGUGAACUCAAUCAGAUGAUCCAACUUGCCUGUUCUGACACCUUUCUUAAUGACAUGAUGAUGUAUUUUGCAACUGUGCUGCUGGGUGGUGCUCCCCUGGCUGGGGUCCUUUACUCUUAUUCUAAGAUAGUCUCCUCCAUAUGUGGGAUCUCAUCAGCUCAAGGCAAGUACAGAGCAUUUUCCACCUGUGCAUCUCACCUGUCAGUUGUCUCCUUAUUUUACUGUACAGGCCUAGGAGUGUACCUCAGCUCUGCUGCUACCCAGAGCUCCCACUCAAGUGCCACAGCCUCGGUGAUGUACACAGUGGUCUCGCCCAUGCUGAACCCCUUCAUCUACAGCCUGAGGAACAGAGACAUAAAGAGGGCUCUGAAAAGAAUCGUUGGGGUUCCAGUGACAUAAGGACCA